GUUUCGCGCGUCGGCGUAGGGCGUGCGUCCCGACGAUGUCAAGCUGGCGUUUCGCGCCAAAUCGCGCCCGCAGUGACGGGAAGCGCGCCUCGCGAGAGUGUCAUUCUCGACCGUACUUCUGAUUGACCAUAUUUCGGUCACUGAUUACGAAUUACAAAAAAAAAUUGACCUACAACCUACAACAGUAACUAAAUAUUUUACGUAUGUUAUUUCGUGUUUCAUUAAUUUUAAAUGUAAAAAUGUAUGUAAAUUUGAUAUUUAAGUGUCUGCGAAAAAAAUUAAAACAUUUUCCGGACCUAGUUGCAAACUGAAGUCAAUUCAAUCCUACAAGGGACAUAAAUGGCAGCGACGGGUCAAAUUAUGGGGUAAACUUUUUUGUAGUGAGAUCAUAUCGGAAGUCGCUAUGGCAGAAGAUCUAGAGGUAGAGACGACAACAUUCGGACCUGGACCUCAUCGGACUCCUACAACGGAGCUCCAUGCCACUUACACUACUCUUGAAAUUUUAGUGGCACUGGUAGCUGUUGUGGGCAAUGCAAUGGUGAUUUAUGUGUUCCGCCGUGACAGGCGGCUGCGACGUCGUACCAACUAUUAUAUCGUGUCUCUGGCAACUGCCGACUUCCUGGUUGGACUGUUCGGGAUACCGUUCGCGAUCUUAGCAUCAGUGGGCCUCCCGAGAAACCUUCACGCCUGUCUGUUCACUGUGUCCUUAUUGGUGAUGUUGUGUACAAUCAGCAUCUUUUGCCUGGUGGCCGUGUCCGUUGACCGCUACUGGGCUAUCUUGUAUCCGAUGUGCUACUCUAGAAAUGUUCGUACUAAAACAGCUAUAGUUAUAAUAUCGGUGUGCUGGAUAGCGGGUGUCUGCGUUGGUCUGCUACCAUUGUUCGGCUGGCACGCUGACGUGGAGGCAGCGCCAGGCUGCUACUUCGUCGAAGUUAUGGACUACAAUUACCUUCUGUUCCUGUACUUCGCGACCAUAGUCACUCCUAGCGUGCUCCUGGCAGCGUUUUAUGCUCACAUUUAUCGAGUGGUUGUAAAACAGCUAAGUGAGGUGGUGACAGUGAAUGGUAGUCAUGGAAGAGGCACCAUGCUUCGAGUACUGGGACCAACGCAGAAACGUGAAGUGAAAGCCACACAGAACCUUGCAAUCAUCGUCUUCUUCUUUAUCUUGUGCUGGAUACCUCUUUACACUGUGAACGCUGUUAAAGCCUUCGUUCCAGAACUGAACAUUCCGAACACGCUCACAUAUUUUUGCAUUAUAUUUUCCCAUUUAAAUUCCGCUAUUAAUCCAUUGUUGUAUGCUUACCAUUUGAAAGACUUUCGUGCAGCUUUAAAAGGUCUGAUCUAUACUAUUAUUGGCAGAGGUGUACCUAUUUCAGCUGCAUACAGGCCACCAGCACCAAUGAGGAGACCAGCGCUUGAGAGAUGCAAUGCUUUGAGAGAGCGUCCGAAAGUCUAUGUUAACUCCCCAAUCUGGUUGAGACAGAGAGAAGCGGAAGUUAUGGCUGCUGAGGAUAGAAAUAAGGUGGUAGCAAUAUCUGCACCUGCUGUUCAAGAUAUUCAACCGUUUAUAAAUGUGGUCGGUACAGAUAAUUCAAGCGGACUUCACACCCCCGAAGAAAGAGAAUCAGAUGGUCCCUAUCUCAUUGACGCUAAUCAAGAGAUAUGUCAAAGUCCAUACAAAAGAGUUGAGAAGUUAAUUCGUAGAGUACGCAGUGCCAGCGGAGAUAGCUGACACGAGCCUUGCCGGUAUGAACCGGCUUUUAGUGUGACUUGACCAUGAAGCUUUAAUAUUUUUCACUGAAAAAGACAUUCCCACAGUUUAUAAAAUGGUAAAACGACCAUGAAUGCUAGUCUACGACAGUUGCUUGGAAGGAUAACGAAAGUAGCGAAAUAUUUACGAGUAUAAGGAUUAAAUAGGUAUUCAUAUUUUAGAUAAGAACAGUUUUAAUUCGCUUUACACGUUGUAUUUUAAUAAAUUGUUGCUGGUCUAAGCAAAACCAGUCAAUUGUUGCUUCAAAAUAUAUUUAUUAUUCUACUAUAAAAACUUGUGUUUUUUACAUAGUACCUACCUACCUAUAUUAUUUGAAUACAAAUUUUGAUAAGAUUAGUUAAAUAUUUGACUCAGAGUAUAAAGUUAAAUACAAUAGUGAUUUAUCUAUUCAAUUUUUUGCUGGUUAUUUUAAGAUAUCUGCUUUAAGAGUUUAAGUCAGGUGAUUCACCUUGAGCUGCCUUGUGCAAUUGUAAUGAAAAUGAACGACGAGUAAUGCAAUAAAUUGCUGCCUAUUCCACAUCUUACGCCAUCUAUGGAAUCAAUCAACCUGAUUUUGUAGCAAACGGGGUAAUUACAAUAAAUGUUAACGUCAGAUAGAUGUCGCUGCCUGUCUAUCCUCAAACUGUAGAAUAAUUAAAUAAAAUAUAGGUUGGCUGUGUAAAAUUUCUGAAAUGCAUUACUAAUUUAUAUAUCUAAUAUCAUUAUUUUUUAUUAAGUUCUUAAUUACUUUAAGCACACUUUAUGUAAACUAGUUUUAUAUUUAUAAUUCGUGUUACUUUUUGUCAUCUGUGAUAUUUGUGUUUUAACGGUAAUGUUGAAUGAAUGUAUAACAAGUUGAUUAUUCCUAUUUAUUGGAAAAAAAUUUAGAUAAAAAUUAAAGAAGAAUAUGUUGCGAAUCCAUUAAAAUAAAUUUAUCGCCAUCUAGUGAACGAUUGCUUAAUUAUUAUAAUGUAAACGUCAGAUUAAGAGAUAUUGAGAUAUUUAUAUAGAUGUCAGUACUAGAAGAGUUUUAGAAAUUAUAAAUGAUAUACUUUAAAAAUAAAACAAUUUAUAUUUAUUAGUGUAUAUUUUUAAAAUUGUAUAAAUUUUGUAAUUGUGAUAAACCACCGUUUUAUCUGUUUAUAUCUAUCUAAAUUAUGGAUUAACGAUAGUACAUACUACAUUAUACUUGUAAUCUAAGAUGAUACUUUUAAACUUGUACAUCGUUUUAUGAUUUUUAAUAUAUUUUUAGAGUUGUAAUAAUGAUGUAUGACUGAAUGACUGAAUGACUGAAUACUUGAACAUUUAAUUAAAUGACAGUUCAGCCAAUUAUUUUAGGAUAUUUUUUGUCAUUAGACGCUUCAUUUAGAUGUGUAAGAUUUAUGUAUGUUAUAUAAUUAUAUUUUAUAUCUUUUAUAUAUAAGGACAGUAAAUUUAUGGACAGACAAUUUCAACUACUUUAAGAAAAUAUGGAUAUAAAAAAUCUCUUAAUGUGUCCAAUGUAAAGUAUGUAUAAUAAAGAUUUUAUAAUAUAAUACAAUACAAAAGAUAUAUUUAUUUUUACAUAGAUUUUCUGAAAUAUUUUUACAAAACUAUUUAGAUUUUACGACACGACGACCAUGAAAGAUUUAUUUAUUCUCACCUAAAUAAGUUUGUGAUGACGGCAAUAGUUCAUUCCAUCAAAUCAUAAUCAUAAAUUGUACCAUCGUAUAAGUGUAAAUUUCUUUCGAAUAUUUAACGUAAAAUAGGUGGAGAGGUGGAGAUAAUUAAUUAUGCAGAAAUCUUCCAUAUGAAUAAAAAUAACAAAUGGCAUUAUAAACAUUUUUUGCCGACGUCUGCAACUCGUUUAUUUAUUAACCUGUGUUGUGCAUAAUUUUUAUUAUAAGAGCAAUAUAAGCAAAUUUUGUAUUUUACUCAAUUCUGCAAAAGAAAAAUGCUUAUAAUUCGGUUUGUAUUUUUGUCACAUGUACAUUUUUCGCGUAACAAGCUUCAGAUACCUGUAUUUCUUUCAUAGAUUAAGGAUUGUACCUGGCAUUCUCUGUCUAGGCUGUCUCAUUAUGUUAUAGAUCAUAAUGGAACGUUUAUAUCGAGUAACAUUGAAUACAAAUAAAUUGAUUUGUAUAUGAAAAAUUAUUAAAUUGUUUGAUUAAUUAUAUAUAAAAAAUUAGCAGCCUGUUCCGGAUUCGUACGGCUGUAUUCUUUACGUACGAUUUUUCAAACAUUUUCUUUCAUACAAGUCUUGUCCUGACAAUUUACAAUCACAAUAAAAUAGAUUUAGCUAAAUAGGUACAGUCUAAGGUAUAAUGUAAAAAUUUGACGUUCAUAAGCGGCUAAAAUGUCCUACAUGAAUAAAUGAUUUUUGAAUUUGAAUUUGAAUUUGAAUAAGGCGUGAGUACAUAAAACACUGUUCAAAAAUGCACCGCCUACGUAUAUCUUGGUUUGCCCAAUGGUUAAUUGAUAGAGAACACCGUUCGGUGUUAAGUCCGCCAAAUGUACAUAGAAUUUUACUGUGCAUUAAAGUUUAAAUAAAUUAAAAAAUAAAAAACUAAUAAAAAAAAAACGAGUCAGCUAAUUUGACAAUUAGCUGACAAAAGUUAUCCUGUUUUUAAGAUUCGAUGGUAUAUACAUAUAUAUAAUAAUGUAAGGUGCAGCCAUUUUGAAGUUAAGCACUUAUAUUUAUUUUAGAAAUUGAUUUUUUUUAGUAUAAAAUAAAAUAAUUCUACUAUUAUAAUUUGUAACUGGACGAUGUCUGUACAUUCGAGAUACUUAAAAAAAACACGAUUACAGGUGUUUUAAUAAGAACAAUAGAGGUUAAAAAUAUAAUUUUUGUUUCCCUGUCUGUCUGUCAAUAUGUUUGCUCUAGCAUUAUGCAAAAAUUGGUGCAUCAAAUUAAAUGAGGUUUU